AUGUCCGCCACCAUCAACGACGACGCCGUCAAGGCCGUCUCCAACCAGGAAGGCCAGAUCGGCUCCCACGUCCCACCCUCCGAGCCUCUCGAGAAGGGCGGCCACAAGCCCGGCGUCCUCGCCACCAAAGCCGACAAAGCCCCCGAAUUCCACGCCCAAACCCUCCCCGCCGGCAGCGCGCCUGCAUCUCACACCCACAUCCCCAACCCCACCACCUCCUCUCUCCCUCCCGACACCACCACCACCACAUCCGCCAGCGACACCCUCCUCGGCGCCACCUCCGCCGAUGUCUACACCGGCCUCGGCCACCCAGGCCAGGGCCAGACGUCGACCGAACUCCGCCACGACGGGUCGCACGGCCGCGCGAAGCAAGGCACCGGUCUCGUCGGCGUCGGCGCCGACACUGUGACGAACAAGGGCAGCGCCGUGGACGCGCACGACCCGGGUUAUGCGAGCCAGCGUGCUCUGGACAAGGAUGUCGAGACAGGAGCGAGAGGCACGGUUGGCGGACCGCCGGCGGAGGAGAGGCUGCCGGAGGGCGCGGAGACGGUGGCCAGCGAGGCGCCGAAGGAUAGGGCGACGAGUGGGGUUGCGUCGGCGCUUGCUGGAAGUAAGUGA